AUGGGAGACUCAGAGAUGUACGAUGAUGAUGCCGAGUCGACGUCUUCGUACUCUCCGACUUAUGCGAGCUAUGGGGGAGCGAGAUGGGGAGGGAGGUUCUCGCCGCCGCCGUCGCCGAAGAAGGCGGAGCCGAUAUUGGAGUAUCAGUUGAAGUUUGAGGAGGGAUUCUCAGGGCAGGGAAGGAAACAGAUCGACCUCGUCUUCGUCCUUGACUGCACCGGAUCCAUGCAGAAGUACAUCAAUGCGACCCGUGAUCACGUCGUCGGGAUCUGCGAUAUGAUCCGCGGAGAAGAGGGACUAGGUGGGCAGGACGAUCUUCGAGUAGCGGUCGUCAACUAUCGAGAUCAUCCUCCUCAAGAUCACUCAUACGUGUACAAGACCCACCCGUUCUCUUCGGACAUUCCGGCGGUGCAGCAAUAUCUGAAAGGGUUGACUGCGUGUGGAGGAGGUGACGGACCUGAAGCGGUUACGGCUGGGAUGGCUGCGUGCCUGACUGACUUGACGUGGCGGAGAGAAGCGGCCAAGAUGGUCGUGCUGAUAGCGGAUGCGCCGCCGCAUGGAAUCGGAGAAUCUGGAGAUCAGAUCAAAGGUGGUGAUCCAGACGGUCACGACCCGCUCGUCGUAGCUCGGACAAUGGCUGCGAACGGUAUCACUCUGUUCAUGGUCGCAUGCGAAGAGACCCUUUCGGGGUACAGCCGCGCCGUGGACUUUUUCCAAGCUCUCUGCAACAUGACCUCAGGCGUCAUGCUGCCGCUCAUGACGGCUGAUAUGCUCGCCAUGACGAUUGUCGGGAGUGUGCUCGAGAAUAUGGACAUGGAGAGGUUGAUAGGGGAAAUCGGAACGCAGGUGGCUCAGCGGAUCAGGGAGAAGGGCGAGACUAUGCAGAGCGUGGAAGAGGUCGCUCAGGAAUUACACGAGCGUCUACUCCUCCGGAACGAGCAGACAAAGCAGGUCCACCUUCCAGAAGUGUACAUUCCGUCCGAUAAUGCCAAGAAGAACGUUCAGACCUGGAUGAGCUCCGCACUCAUCUCGGAUGCUUCGCCCAAUAUUCUCUAUGUGGCUGGAAAACGCCUCACCGAGUCCUUCCGGAAACAGAACCGCGAGACCGGUUUCGCCUACACGCCCGGUGGCCGGCUUCCUCCCCGACGUCUCAUGUCCCCUGGCACUACGGUUCCGUCCGAAGCGCCCCCAACACCCCUCUCGCCCGGAAACCGUAAUCCAACUUCCCCAUCCCGCGGCGUAACCUCCUCCCCCGGCCGGAAGAUCAUCGGCGACUUCAAGGCGUUUGGCGGUGGCUCUGCAAGCGGGAUAGGCGGUAGUCCGAAAUCGCUGAGCGUGUUUGGAGCGCCACUUCUCAAGACUGGACCGGGAGGGGGGAUGUUUGGGGCGCCGGCGCCGAUCAAUGGGGGGAUGAGGGGGAGGGCGGAGGUGGAUGAUGAGGAUGAAGAGGAGGAGGAGGGUGGGGCGUUCAGAAAGGAUGCGAUCAGUCUGGAUCAGGCAAGGCGAAUCGCCACGCAAUCGAUCUUCCGGGCUGGACGACUGGGAUAA